GUAACUGCUGGAAACCCGGUCCCCACCCUGGUUUCUUUAAAUACCCACCACCACCAAGGCGAACCGUUACACGGGAAAGAAACGGGGAUGUGUUGACGUUAGUCGAUAUCUUCAACAACGUGAAUACCUUCACAUUUUAGUUUUUAGACUUCUAACAUGGAGCUGGACCGGCGGUUGUUGCUAGCCCACUGCACGGCUCACGCCCUGUCGAUGGUGGCGGGCUUGCUGGUGGUCGUCCCCAUGGCUCUCAAUGGCUCCGCGUUCAAAGGCCGAUGCGCACUCUUCUCCGCCGGCUACUGGAGGACAGAGGACCGGGCCGAGCUGACGGGGCAGCCUGAAGACGUGUCUCACCUGGUGGUACAGCAGUGGGGCCCACCGGCGGCCUGCCAGUUCGUCACAUUUGUCGGUAUUUUUACGGUGCUGUACGGGGCCGCGCAGAGCUGGAGAUGCCUCUUCUAUCUGCACGGACGCCAUGACGACACCCUGUUUUCCUCCUUCCUGACGGUGCUGCUGAGUGUGUGUGUGCUCUUCCUGUCUGGAGGGGCCAGUGUUAUCUUGUCUCUGGGUUUGGUCUCCUGGUGUGACACCGUGACUGAUGACAACACGCGGCCAUACAGCUGUGCAGAGUCCCAGUCCGUUCCCCUCUACCUGGAUGUGGACACCUCCUCUUUCUACACAGAGCUCAGUCUGGCACAGGCGUCUCUGUGGUGUGUGACUGCUCUGUGGUUGACUCAGUCCAUCCUGGCUUUCCUGCGGCUCUACCACUCUCACAGCCAGCACAUCAGCGGGCCAUGUCGUCCCCGAGAGAAGGAGCUGCUGCUGGGACACAGUCCAUCUGACAGCGGCUCCCCCUCACCUACUCCAGCAACAACCAACCUUUUAGUGUAACUGAGUGUGUAUGAGGUAGUGAUAUAACUCCACCAUCUAAAUUUAGUUUUAAACCCAAUUUUUUUUACCACUCUACAGUUCUUACUACUGCAUGUAGACUGAACUUCCAAGUAGGGCUGAAUGAUUUUGGGAAAUAAUCUUAAUUGCAAUGUGUUGUUUUUUAAACUAAUAUUGCAAUUGCGAUUUAAUAUGCAAUUAUCUUUUAAGCUCUUUAUCUUCUAUAUUAUUCAAAACAGACAAUAAAUCAUUGUAUGUUAUGACCAACACAACAUUGGAUAGAUUAAACAUACACUGUUCUUUCCUGUAGGCCACGCCUAUAUGUUAUGAUAAAAUUAGGUGAUGCAUGAAUUGUGUGAAUUAAUAUUCUAAGCAAUGGUAUCAAAUUAUAAUGAUUUUACAGAAAGGUAAUUUGAGUCAAGUCAUAACAUAAUAUUAUCAGGUAGGCCUACCUACAGAUGACAAGAAAAACUAAAUUAACCUUAGUGUGUUAUACAGUAAGUGCUCAAUACAAAACCCACAGUUCAACCACCAGUUAAUUCGUCCUUAUCUCGGUUCAAAUCUCCACAAGAGUCCAUCUCUCAACAAAAACCUCCUUUUCUGGAUCCCAGCAAGCAAGCAAGCAAACAAACAAACAAAAAUACUCAGACUGAGGUUUAAUACAAAAGUUGUCCAACGAACAUAAAACCAGGUGACGACUCUCAUGUCUAAUAGACAAACUUAGUGAUUGUCCGAUGCUGCUGAUGAGCAGCGCAGUUGCGCACCAGGCUGUAACUCAGGAGAGACUGGGCCUCAUUCGGACUGGUGAGUUUGGUUUGAAACGCCAUCAUUCCUUGAGCUGACUGGUGGCUGGCUGUGUGUGUGUGUGUGUGUGACACAUUGCGUUUGUAAUACGCUAACCAUACUACACGUGUCUUUCUGUUGUGCAUUUUCCCUGUCCACCAAAGUGGCGGAUGGCCCGACGAUUUCACCCACCACACCACUGCCAACAAUUUACCCGCAUUUGGCAGGUGCAAAUUAAAUUCCUUGUUUGACACUAAAGUUUCUGCGGUUCUGCCAAGCCUGAUGCCAUUGUACAGGUCAAGGUCCAGCUUAACUUGCGAAGUUGAUGCUUCCUCUGCAGACUGCUUUACUCUCGAGUGUCACGUGACCAGAGUGUAAUUGCAGCCUUUGCAAUUAGAAAAUCUUGUUUUAUCAUAUCGGGAUAUUAUCACAAAUGCAAUUAAUCGUUCAGCCCUACUUCCAUGUAUGGUUUAGAAGAUAACAUUAAAUGGAUGUUUUUUUUUAUAUAAUUGAUAUAAUAGACCCUGACCGAUAAGUUGUGUAUGUCAGCUGAUAAGUAACAAGAAACUUGAGUAUAGAAAUGCCAAAGAUGUGUCAGGUAAUUUAGAAAGGGUUAAAUAUAGUCUGUCCUUUAAGAGAGCACUUACUUUUACACUGUAAAAUCUUUUUCAAUGUUGUCUCUUCAUAGUAAAAAAUGAUCUUCCAAUACUUCGUUAAAAGAUUUUUUAAAUCUCAAAUAUUGAAAUUGGUACUGGCCUCCAAAAUCCAGCAUUAGUCAGACUAUAUUAUAUAAUGACAUGAUGUUUGAGCCAGGCCAACAUCACUUAGAUGAAACUGUCAUCCCAGUUUGCCCUGCCUCGUGCAAGCACCCAUGACCUCACAGUGACACCACAACUUAGCCCCAGUUUGUGCCUCUUAAGUAUUUAUUACAUUUGAUAGUAAGGAUCUAUUUUUCUGAAUGAUAAAAAAAAA